UGGACUAACAGGUCACAUGACCCCCCCUGUCCUCCUGCACACACGGCAAAUCCUGAGCUUGGGGCUCAGACUGGGACCAGCAGCAGACAAUGGCAGAGAUCUCAGAGAAAGUUCCCAUUGCCCUGGCAGGGCCUGAUGAUGUGGAGCAUUGCUUGCCGCCCGCUUACACUGCAGUGACGGUAAAACCUUCGAGUAGCGGCCGACUGCUCAGGAUUGGUGCUGUGGUGCUAAUCUCAGGAGCUCUUCUUCUGCUUUUUGGUGCAAUUGGGGCCUUCUACUUCUGGAAAGCGAAUGACAAACAUGUUUAUAAUGUUCAUUAUACAAUGAGCAUUAAUGGUAAAGUACAGGAAGGGUCUAUGGAAAUUGAUUCUGUGAACAACUUGGAAACUUUCAAGACGGGCGCUGGCAACGAAGAGGCGGUGGAAGUGCAUGAUUUUCAGAUUGGUAUUACCGGCAUUCGAUUUGCUGGAGGAGAAAAAUGCUACAUUAAAGCACAAGCGAAAGCUCAUAUCCCAGAUGUUGACAGCACAACAAAGGAAAGCCUCUCGUUUGAGAUGGAAGAUGAAAUCAUGCCAGCAAAGUUUGAUGAGAAUUCUCUUAUAUGGGUGGCCGCAGACCAACCUGUGAAAGAUAAUAGCUUCCUCAGCUCAAAAAUCCUUGAACUUUGCAUAGAUCUACCCAUCUUCUGGCUCAGACCAACAUACCCAAAAGAAAAUCAAAGAGGAAAAAGGGAAAUUGGAAGGAAGGCUAGACAAGCACAAAACCUUAAUCUUGACCAGUUUGAAGCUGCUGCAGAAGAAGUGAACACUAGACGUCAAGGAAACCGUCGCACUAAACCAGCCAAUCAAACUCAAACUCCAGCAGAGCCUGAGCGCGAAGCCCCAUUCAACCCAGAAAACCCAUAUCAUCUGAAGGAGAAGGGUGGUAUGACAUUUGACCCAAUGCAUGACCAUCAAGGAAUUUGUUGUAUUGAAUUCCGAAGAAGUUACACACAUUGCCAGAGAAUCUGUGAGCCUCCUCCUCGGCUACUAUCCCUUGGCCCAUAUAACUACCAAGGAUGUCGCUCAGCAUGUCGCAUCGUCAUGCCAUGUAGCUGGUGGGUUGCUCGUAUCUUGGGAGUUGUGUAAAGCUGAGUACACAAUAUGAACAUAUAAGCCAAUGAUUAAAGGCUAACCUUGGAGGAUUUUCAGUUUUGAAUGGGAAAUAAUAAAUGUAUGCAAAUGUGAUUCAUAAGUCAUCUAUUGUAAAUUAAGAUCUAAGUUAAUAAUUGAUACCAGAUUAGUGGAGUGCAAUGUGUACAAUACAUGUACUGAAUGUGCAAUAUUCUUUAUAUAAAUACUCUGAUAUUUGAGAACUCUUGGACUAGUGUAUAGAAAAUUAACCUCACCUACAGUGAGACAUAGGUUCCUCACAUUAUUUAGAGAAAUAUUUCAUUUGAAAGCAUCUCCGUAGUUUUUCCACAUUUUUAUAGUUUGACAUAAAUAAAUCUCAAGUGAAGCUGCUCCCUGUUAUUGGAAUAAAUACUGUUAUAAGAUUAGGUAA